AUGUCGAUUUCCGGCGCAGUGUUUGAAGGCCCACCCAUUUGUGGGUCCUCAGAAAUGGGAGGGUGGUUGCUAGAAGUUCAUGGGGUGCCAAUACGUAUACCCCCUCGCACAGACAUUCGUGUGUUUCUCCUUCGCCUUGAUGGUUCUGUUGGUGGUGGAGGUUGUUCUGGUGCUGGUUGUGGCGGUGGCGUGACCGGAGAUCCCGCAAAGGAAGAACCGCUAGAAAUAGAAAUGGGAUGCGUGGGCGUCCCAGACGGUGGCAUCUCUGGAUCUGGAUCAUCGUCCACAUCCAUGUCUUUCGGGAAAUGGUCUUCUGGACCCAGCAGGUUAUGGCCUGCCGCCAUUGUCACAUCAAAGAAAACAAACAUUCCCAGAAGGCAUGCCAUAAAAACAAUUCGGGUUAAAGAUGGAGACAUAGUCGACUGCGUUGAUAUCUACAAACAACCUGCUUUCGAUCACCCGCUUCUAGUAAAUCAUAUUGUUCAGAUGAAGUCUAGUCAUCUUGAUCAAAUGAAGUAUACAUCUAAGACACUUCAAAACUCUAGUUCUUCCAAGGCACCAUCACAACCAUGGCUGCAGUAUGGAAGGUGUCCAAACGGAACAAUCCCAAUUCGAUACAAUUACUCAGGAGCUAGAGCCAACAUUAAAGUAUGGAACCCCUACGUUGACGGGGUUAAUGAUACUGAAAUGAGGCUUCAUCUAGAUUAUAGUAGUUCUCAAGUUAUGCUUAGGGCAUGUCCUGUAGAACACUACGACAUCGUGAAAGAGACUGUGGAAGCUGGAUGGAUGGUCAGCCCCUUGGUUUACAAGGAUUUUAAAACCCGCUUAUUUGUUUACUGGAAGGCUGAUAAUGGCUCAAGCUGCUUCGAUCUCAUUUGUCCCGGGUUCGUUCAGACAUCCAGCGAGGUCCUUCUUGGUGGUGAUAUUGGCACGUAUAACUAUGGAUCUGAAAUUGAAUUUCAAAUCUCAAAGGAUCCAGAUACUAAUAACUGGUGGUUUUUAUACAACUCGGAGGAAGUUGGGUACUGGCCAAGCGACAUUUUUCAGUCAAUGAAAUAUGAAGCGAACAUGGUCCAGUGGGGAGGUGAAGUCUUUAGCCCGUAUGUGGGAACCCAUCCGCACACAGAUACCGCCAUGGGCAAUGGAAAGUUUGCCGAUCGCUUAUAUAGAAAAUCGGGAACGAUGACAGGGCUGUUAAUAGAAGAAAAUUCAUCUCCACUAAAGCGACCAGAAUCGUAUACAAUUAGUUCUAAUGAGUGGAACUGCUACGACGCAGAUCUACUAGAUGAAAAAGUCCCUGAACCCGUCUUCCUUUAUGGAGGUCCGGGGAGCCACUUUAAUCCAAACUGCUAA